UGAAUAUUUGUUCAGCAGCACUCAAUUAUUUUACUGUACGUAUUGGUUCAUAUACAUCAGAAGCUUUUAAGUUUUCAGGAAAAUAAAUGUUGAUGGCUGAGUGCUGUUUAUCAGGCUCAACAUUCCAAUUCCAAUUACAGCCCCGGGUUGAGUAGGUUUAAACCAUGCAAAUCUUGUUAAGAGCCAAUUUCCCAUAUUGCUUUUUUUUUUUGGCUUUCUCAAUCAGACAGGUGCACGAUCUGAGCUCUCUAAUGAAACCAAAAGCCAGCAGGAAUCAGAAAUGACAAACAACUUACAAUCUGCAGGAUCACUUUAGGGCCUGACAGAAACAUUUGAACAGCAUGGAGAGAAACAGCACUCCACUUACAUCCAUCCCCUCAGAGAUGAUGGUGACUGAUGCACCUAUUUUUCCAGCGGUGGGCUACAGUAUUCUUUCCUUUUUGAUGUUCAUCAACACAGUGUUUUCAGUUUUUAACAAUGGACUGGUGAUAAUUGUGAUGUUGAGAAACAUGUCUCUUCUCCAGCCCAUGAACAUUUUGAUCCUCAGCCUGGCGGUUUCUGACCUUAUGAUCGCCCUGUGCGGCUCGCUGGUGGCCACCAUCACAAACUACCGGCGCUCCUUCUUUAUCGGCCACACAGCCUGCGUUUUUCAGGGAUUUUCUGUGAAUUACUUUGGUCUGGUGUCACUCUGCACUCUAACACUUCUCGCCUUUGAGCGUUACAAUGUAGUGUGCCACCCAAAAGAUGCAUCUGGGGUGAGCAUGCGGAGAAGCAAGCAGGGCCUGCUGUUUGUCUGGAUCUUCUGUUUGUUUUGGGCUGUUACUCCAUUAUUUGGCUGGAGCUCCUACAGUCCCGAAGGGGUCCAGACGUCUUGCUCUCUGGCGUGGGAAGAGAGGUCGUGGAGCAACUACAGCUAUCUCAUUCUGUACACACUACUCUGUUUCAUCAUUCCUGUUGCAAUCAUCAUCUACUGCUACUUCCAUGUGCUGAAAACCCUGAGAAAGUUGAACAGGAGCCUUGAGCUGCAAGGCGGCCGUUCCAGGAAGAGUGAGAAUGAUCACGCCAUCAGCAUGGUCGUGGCAAUGAUUAUAACCUUCUUUGUAUGCUGGCUUCCCUACACGGCCUUGUCAGUGGUGGUAGUGGUGAAUCCAGAGCUGCACAUCCCUCCACUAGUUGCAACUCUGCCGAUGUACUUUGCAAAGACCAGCCCUGUCUACAAUCCCAUCAUCUACUUCUUUUCCAACAAAAAGUUUCGUGACUGUGCUCUGGAGGUGUUGUCGUGUGGGCAGUACGUCCCCAGAGGGCCCACCAGCGUCAGCAUCCCUCUGUACUCCUUGAAUGUGGGGAGCUGUCUGUCUUCCAUAAGCAGGAGUGCCAGCAUGCACAGCAAGGUGUUGCCUCUGUGACUUUUCACCAGCCAAAACAAACAGGGUGCUGUUGUUGACAGCAGUUGUCGGUGCCUCGUCAUAGACACAGAGCUCAGAAUGGAGAGGGAAAAUUACUGGUAGCAUUAGCACA